AGAAUUGCCCUUGUGCCCGUGAUAAAACUUUACACGCAUCAUUUUAAUUGCAAGUGCAUUUAAAUAAACAAUCAGGUGUACGCGUCGAGAACGAAUUCACGUUAACACGAUCGGAAAUUUAUCGUAUUUAAAAGUUCAUCGACGCUAGCAAUUCACAUUUCCGAAAGAUACUGGACAUUAAUGACAGGAACACUUGAUUGUACGUGCGUCGCACGGUGAUUCAAUGUCGGCCAUCCUCGACACGUGUGGAAAUGACGCCGGUUCUCCCUCGAUAUCGAAAGCGGAAGAUAACUUGUCGAACAGCGACGGCCCAUUAAUUAAAAGCUGUGUUCGUCGAUAUAGUUGCAACAGCGUUCGUACAAGUUCCGAAAACGUUAACCGAAUAUCGAUCAUCUCGCCUCGCACGAUGUCAACAUCCAAUGAAUUGUCAACGAAACACCGCUACUGUCUGUGGGCCGUAACGUUUAUUUUAAUGAUGACCAGCCUAUGCAAUCUUUUUCUCAACAUCACGCUGAUCGCUGUGUUACGGAUCAGUCAGGGAAUGGAAGCCAUGGAAGUGAUACCUGAUGAGAAUCUCGUGAAGUUUUAUGGAAAAACCGACUUGGACAGGGUAUGCUUGCAAUCAGGAGUUUGUCAGAGUUACGGCGACGAACCGAUGGAAAUUUCUGGCGACGAGGCAGGUGUGCAAAUAGACGUGAACAGUCGUCGAUCGCAGGAGGAAAAGCGAGCAAAAGUGACAAUUCUACCAAAUGGCACAACUAUGUCUCUGGUAGAAUCCUUCGAGAUCAAAGAUCCGAGAACUGGCGUCACAUACUUCACCACCGAUUUCCCGAAUUUUGGUUUACCAGCUGGUGUAGAAAAGAUAGAUGUUAAAAUAGCGGAGACUCACAGGAUCACAUCGCCUGUUAACGAGAAUUUAACCGUGAACUCUGACGAUCAGAUCUCCAUACACGGCGCAGAAGGCGUGACCAUGGAAAGCAAAGAUAUCAUUUGGAGCGCGGACGCCGAUAUAUUUUUAAAGAGCGUCAAUGGAAACAUCGUUCUCGAUGCCAAAGACGGAGUUACUAUAGACGUUGAGAAUAUACCCGUGGCACCGAUGUUCCUGCAAAAUCCAGCUAAUCACGAGCAGUACAAAGUUUGCAUCUGCAUGCCACAGGGGAAACUGUUCAGAGUACCGGAUCGUGCGGGCGCGAACAGUCGAUCGGUGAACUGUGCUCGCGUUAACAGAACUCCAGAAAACGAUCCCUGCUCGCGAUAGAAUCGCAAGAAUGUUGCGACUGUAUCAUUUAACCCAGCACUGCCA